GCUGGGUCCAAUCGCUUUCGGUGACUUCAGCUAUUGGCUCCGAACGCUGGCUGCCUCCGGCUGCGGGGCUGUAAUACCUAUUCUGUUCGGAUCCGCUCAACGCACAAGUUCAGCUGGCUGAGCCGACUAGCAGUGCUACAGCCCGCCUUGCUCCUCUCUUUCAAAAAGCCAGCGCUGUAGCUGCGUGCCUGCCUUCUUUGCAGGGGGUAGCGCUUUCAGGUGAUUCGAUACCAGGAAAGCUGGGAAGAAAUAAAACUGGCAGGAAGGAUGGGGAGGUAUUUAACAAUUCAAGUACUGGAUCAAACUUAAAGCCAGUUUCUUAUUCGGUACCCUGGGAAGGUCACCUUGUCUUGCUGGAAGAGAAACAAACUCUCAGCUCUGCUGCUCUCUAUUUAACAGCUUACACUUGCGUUUCUUAAUGUUCGUAGCUAGUUAGGCUAUCUAGCUGUACAGACAAGUAUCCUCAUGGUAGAUGAGAAGGGAAAGAACAUGAAAUGUCUCACCUUCUUCUUGAUGCUUCCAGAGACAGUCAAGAACAGGUCCAAGAAAAGCUCCAAGAAGGGAAAUAGCAGCAGCAGUAGUAGCAGCAAAUUGCCUCCAGUUUGCUAUGAAAUCAUUACCUUGAAGACCAAAAAGAAGAAGAAGAUGGCUGCUGAUAUUUUUCCCCGAAAGAAGCCAGCCAACACUAAUACAGCUGCUGUCCAGCAGUACCACCAGCAAAAUCUCAAUAACAACAACACUAUCCCCGCACCUAAUUGGCAAGGACUUUAUCCAACCAUCAGAGAGAGAAAUGCCGUGAUGUUCAACAAUGACUUGAUGGCAGAUGUUCAUUUUGUGGUUGGGCCACCAGGUGCGACCCAGCGGUUGCCAGGACACAAAUAUGUCCUAGCUGUUGGGAGCUCUGUAUUCCAUGCAAUGUUUUACGGAGAGCUUGCUGAGGACAAAGAUGAAAUCCGUAUACCAGAUGUUGAGCCUGCUGCUUUUCUCGCUAUGCUGAAAUACAUAUAUUGUGAUGAAAUUGAUUUGGCUGCAGAUACCGUAUUGGCCACUCUUUAUGCUGCAAAGAAGUAUAUCGUCCCUCAUCUUGCCCGCGCCUGUGUCAACUUCCUAGAGACAAGUCUAAGUGCAAAGAAUGCUUGUGUGCUGCUUUCCCAGAGCUGCUUAUUUGAGGAACCUGACCUGACCCAGCGCUGCUGGGAAGUGAUUGAUGCCCAAGCCGAGCUGGCUUUGAAAUCUGAGGGAUUCUGUGACAUUGAUUUUCAGACGCUCGAAAGCAUUCUCCGAAGGGAGACUCUGAAUGCCAAAGAAAUUGUUGUUUUCGAAGCAGCUCUGAACUGGGCUGAAGUCGAGUGCCAGCGACAGGAGCUAACUGCUACCAUAGAGAAUAAGCGCAAGGUCCUAGGGAAGGCUCUGUACUUGAUACGCAUCCCUACCAUGGCACUCGAUGACUUUGCAAAUGGUGCUGCUCAGUCCGGGAUUCUGACUCUCAACGAAACCAAUGAUAUCUUCCUUUGGUACACGGCAGCCAAAAAGCCAGAGUUACAGUUUGUAAGUAAGCCCCGGAAAGGCCUCGUUCCUCAGAGAUGCCACCGUUUCCAGUCCUGUGCUUACCGCAGCAACCAGUGGCGUUACAGGGGCCGGUGUGACAGCAUCCAGUUUGCUGUUGAUAAGAGAGUGUUUAUUGCUGGCUUUGGGCUCUAUGGCUCCAGCUGUGGAUCAGCAGAAUACAGCGCCAAGAUUGAACUCAAACGGCAAGGAGUUAUACUAGGCCAGAACUUGAGUAAAUACUUCUCAGAUGGUUCUAGUAACACUUUUCCCGUGUGGUUUGAAUAUCCAGUGCAGAUUGAGCCUGACACCUUUUACACAGCUAGCGUGAUUCUGGAUGGUAAUGAACUAAGUUAUUUUGGACAAGAAGGAAUGACAGAAGUUCAGUGUGGGAAAGUGACUGUUCAGUUUCAGUGCUCUUCAGACAGUACAAAUGGCACUGGCGUGCAGGGAGGGCAGAUUCCCGAACUCAUAUUUUAUGCUUGAAUGAAAUCGUGUGGAGAAGAAGCAUUUUUCAAUGAAGAACCUGUUUGGUUCGGACCUACUGAUGCCUAGCUUUUUAUCUGCAGAUAUGUGAUCAGUACAGGUAAUAUGUAACUAAACACUUUGGACAAGUUACUGGCUUGCUGUGCUUGUAACAGUGUUGAUGAUAAAAGUUUAAGCGUAAUGUUUAACUCUAAACUGUAACUUCUAGGAACAAGCAAGUUUUAAAAGCUUUGUAAAAGAGGCAGGUGCCUCUGUGCCAGUGAUGCCGACCCUUCCUUUGCUGUUGCAGCUGUACUUCCAGGGAAUCACCAGAGGAUGCCCCCGUCUUGUGUCUCACAGGUUCUAGGACUCCUUACGCUAAACACUGUCUUCACUGAUGAGUUUUCUCUUUGUCUAUUUCUCGCUCUCGGUUUGUCUGUAUUUUAGCACGAGAAGGGGAGAAAGUGGAGAGCCUUGUUUUAUGGCUCUCUGCUGUCUGCUCUUCAGACCUAAGAGAUUCCAGUAAGUUGGACGACUUUUGAUCAUAGUGGCUGAAAGGGGCGCCUCAGUAGUAAACAGAAAAAAAAACAGGUUAUGCCUUCAUCAAGUGAAAUUCUCCUGUGGCCAGCUGUUUGGGGUAGCUGCAGGAGGAGAGGGAGAGAAGUAAGCAACUUUCCAGAAGCUACGCAGCAUGCUGACCCCAGUGCAUGGACACACUUGCAGUCAAGGGUCUGAGCUUGGCUGGUUCCCCUCCGAGUUCGUUCUCUAGGAAUUCCACCUGGAAGGCAGGGAAGUACUUGCAUGUGUGCACAUUGUGUAGGACGCGCUUAAACUUUUACUCCCAUGACCUAAUUUUGCUAUAUUUGGGUUGAAUUGCUAUAUAAAUGGCUUUUAUUUGAACCCUUGCUAAACAAAUGGAGGGUGAUACCUAACAUCCAAUACAGAAUUUUUUUUUUUGAGUAUUUUUUCUUCCUUCACAAUGUUUCGGAGGCAGAUUAUAGAGGAGCAAAGGAAUGUACUAGUCCUGAAUUGGACUUUUUUCUGUAAAAUGAAAUGUCUUCUUUUUUAUUACUGUACGUAAUCAGUGGAAAUUUAGACAAAGACAAGAAAAUUCCCAACUGUGGUCAUAUCUCAUGAUAUGCACUGAACGCAAUAACAGUGAGGAGGAGAAAAUCUUUAAUAUGUUAAUGUUGAAUCUCUUGCAACUGCUUGUGGUUAAACAUCGAUGGGAGGUUUGUUUGGUGCAGAACCUUUUCCUUGUCUGAAUUCUUUUUCAAGCUUCCUGUCAUAUAGCUGUAUCAUUUUUGAAAAAGUAUUAUGGGAACAUGACUCUCUAUCAGGGAAGGAAAUCAGUAUAAAUAAGAUACAGGUACUAUUUAAACAUGAGAAAAUUCUUUACCAUUGCAUUGUGACAGUGGCUUCUAAAAGGGACUCUACCUAUGGCAAUGCGUCUCAGUCUUAGGUCAUCUCUGAAGUGGGUUCUGUUUGUUGUGUAUGUUUUGAGGAAAUGAGAGGACCAAAUGAUUCUUUAGACAGAUUGAGGACUAAUGUUAUAUUGUAUCAGCACAUUAAUGUAGCAUAACCCUAAAUUCACUUGUCAGUUUUGUUACAGAAUUUUUUUCCCAUAUGAUUUCUUACCAGCUUAAUACUAUUACUCUAAGUGUUUCUUAGCUGUUGGAAUCCUGGCCUUUGACCAUCUUAAAAUGCCAAUACAUCUUUGCAGUGUCCAAAAUACAGUCUGAAGCAAGGAAAAUUGGAGUGUAGACAUCAAACACUUUAUGGCAAAAGCCCAGGUCCUCUUUCUAGGUAAUAAAAGGAGAGCCAGGUGAAAAAUUGCAUUGCAAGAUUCAUGCUCUUCACCCAUCUUAGCGGUAAUGUUUUUUUAUGAAUACAUAUAC